UUUUCUCAAACAAUCAGCAAUUUCGCUCAUGCCAUAACUUGGGUUUUCUUUAAAUCCAAGUCUUUGCCGGAUUUCCCUGCAAAUUUUCUCUAACACCUUCAAAUUCCUCACCUUUUUUCAUCCAAAUUCAAGCUCUCUGCUCCUACUCUGUUUUUACAAACGCCUCUGGCAUUUUUUUUUUUCUUUUUCACCUUCUUAUUUUGCAUACCAACAUGUCUUCAACAUCAAGCACUGUCUGUCAUCAAGUGCUGAAAUCAUGCCUCGAGCCUCUUGUUCACCUCAAACUGAAUCCACCGGGGUCAAAUUUCCUCCCCGAAUCUCCAGAGAAAACAUCCCACCUCGAAAAAAUUGAUAACUUGAACUUGAUCAACAAGAAGGACAACAAGGAAGUUGAAGUAGCUGGCUGGAGCUUCCUCCAGUCUCUGGCCAACCCAACUCAAACCGCCAAAAGAGAAAGCGAAGCAGAGAAAGUCUAUGUCCACCCGCUCGCUAAGCGCUCUGCUUCAGUGCUCAGUCCAAGAAGCUUGGAAAUGUGCACUGAAAGCUUAGGUAACGAGACGGGUAGCGAAAAUGGUGGCGACAAGCUCUCUCUUUUGUUACACAAGAUUGAAAGUCCUUUGCUCUCACUAGGAAGUAGUGGGGAGGUUAACCCUAACCCUAGAUGUUCUACUACUACUAUUACAACAAGUGAGAGUCCAAAAAUACUGGGUGACAACAAUGUUCAAGCUACACCAAAGAGAUUGAAAAGUGGUAGUGCAACUACUACAAAUUUCCCUCCUCCUUUGACAUCCAUCAGUGGCUCCAACGGUGUCCAAGUGACGCCUCACCGGGAAGGCGGGCGGCUGGUUUUGAAAGCUGUCACUGUAGUCUCCCCUCCCACCGCCAAUUUCCAGGCGGAGCGCGGUGAUGGGAGGCUCAGGCUUACAUUGCUGAAGGACAUUUCAUCCCCUAACUGUGACAUUAUUGAAGAAGUUGGGCUUGAAGAAGUUGAAGAAGAUGACGAGUUUAAAAUCGAGGCGAAAAACGAAGAAAAUGGUGGUGAAGUUGAAGCUGAGGAGAUUGAUGGGAAGGUUGAAAAUGUUGAAACAGAGGAGAUGCAGGGGGAUACUGUAAGUGUUGAAACAGAGGAGGUGGAGGGGAAGAAUGAACACGUUGAAAAUGAGGAUAUGGAGGGGAAUAGUGGAAAUGUUGGGGGUGAAAAGGGGAUGGAAAAGAAGCUCCCAAGGCCAAGCAGAUGUAAGGAAGGUGGGCGUGGAAACAAGAAGAUGGUCAUGAAUUGGCCGGAGUCCUUUUGGGUUGCCACUUAAGCCCUUUUCCUCUGUUUCUGUCCCUAAAAAAUCACUAUGAUUAUAUUUUCACUAUUUUUUUUUAGAAUUUUUAGUCAUUGAAAUUUGAAGUUCCGUAGCUUCGAAUUUCAAAUUAUGCUAAUGUUGUUAUUAUCGUUGUCAGA